UAAACAGACAGUUGUAGCUUACGGUUGACGUCUUUACAAAACACGCGCCAAGAGAAGCGCGUGGAAGUGAUGAAUAAUCUGUGGAACUCACCAGUAUAUAAUACUACAAAUGAUGAUGAUGAUGAAUGUUGCGACUAUCAUCAUCAUCAAUAAUCAAACCCCAAUCGUUGCAAUACGAUUGGUGAAGAAGAAGAAGAAGAAGAGUUGAGAAUUUGGGGAUGGAAAAGAGUGCAGUGUUGACGACUAAACUUUUUGCCAUAACCAUCUCCAUACUCUCAUUCGUAAACACCGCUCUCGCCUUCGACGGCGGAAGCACCGAUCCUAAACCGCAACCAACUCUCUGUGAUGAACUCAUUCUCCCCGCCGGUUACCCUUGCUCCGAAUAUGUGGUUCAAACAAAGGAUGGUUUCUUGUUAGGUCUUCAGCGUGUGUCUUCUUCUUCUUCGGCGCGUAUUAAGAAUGGUCGAGAACGAGGACCUCCGGUUCUGCUUCUGCAUGGUCUAUUCAUGGCGGGUGAUGCAUGGUUUCUAAAUACACCAGAACAAUCAUUGGGAUUCAUCCUUGCGGAUCAUGGUUUUGAUGUUUGGGUAGGAAAUGUGCGCGGAACACGUUGGAGCCAUGGGCAUAUAUCUUUAUCAGAGAAAAAUAAGAAUUUUUGGGAUUGGAGCUGGCAGGAAUUAGCCCUAUAUGAUCUUGCAGAAAUGAUCAAUUAUAUUAAUUCAGUGACAAACUCAAAGCUAUUUGUAGUUGGGCAUUCGCAGGGGACAAUUAUAUCUUUUGCUGCCUUCACUCAACCAGAGAUAGUGGAAAAGGUUGAAGCUGCAGCUCUUCUUUCUCCAAUAUCCUACUUGGAUCAUGUUAGUGCACCUUUGGUACAAAGAAUGGUAAAGAUGCACCUUGAUCAGGUAUUUCUUGUUGCUUUCUAUUAUUUUUCACAGUUAAAAUCGAUAUUUAAUAUGAAAAUGAUUGCUGGUUUUAUUCAGAUGAUUGUUACAAUGGGAGUUCAUCAACUGAAUUUCAAAAGCGAAUGGGGAGCCAGUCUCUUGGUUUCCUUAUGUGAUACUCGUCUAAGUUGCAGUGACAUGCUGUCAUCCAUUACAGGGAAGAAUUGUUGCUUCAAUGAGUCACGUGUGGCUUAUUAUCUUGAACAAGAACCUCACCCAUCAUCCUCCAAAAACUUGAACCACCUUUUCCAGAUGAUACGCAAAGGAACUUUCUCCAAGUAUGAUUAUGGAAAGCUUAAAAAUCUGAUAGAGUAUGGCAAUUUCAAACCACCAAAGUUCGACCUUAGUCGCAUACCCAAAUCAUUGCCUUUGUGGAUGGCUUAUGGGGGAAAUGAUGCUUUAGCAGAUAUAACUGAUUUCCAGCACACACUGAAAGAACUUCCAUCCACACCGGAGGUGGUUUAUCUUGAAAACUAUGGUCAUGUUGACUUCAUUUUAAGCUUGCAAGCAAAACAAGAUCUUUAUGACCCUAUCAUCAGUUUUUUCAAGUCAAUGGGGAAAUUUAGUAGUAUUUAAAGCUUGCUUCCUUCCAUUAAGAUGAUCAUGUAAUAUAACGCGUUAUAGAUCCAUUAAACAUACAAUGGAGUCCAUCCACUUUGAUCUUCUGUCUGUAAAUAUGAUGAUAACAGAUCCCACAUGAGUAUUUUUUUACUAUCUUGGUUUACUACUAACUGAAUUGUUGAAGUUAAAGCCAUUAUUUGGAAAAAUACAUUCCAAACCAUUCGAUGAAAAGAGGGAAAAAGUUAAAACCACUCAGUGAAGCUGUAGAGUGCGCUGUGAAUUUGAAGGUUAUUUUUUACUCUGGUA